GCUCUAGGCCAAGAAGAGAACUUAUUAGGAGUGUGGCUGAGGAAAUGGUCAAGGCAUACCCAGCUGCUCUUGAAGAUAGGAGCAUCAAUGGCUCCUUGCUUGGUCGUGGCUAUGACUCAUUGUUUCAACAACUUGAGGCGAGAGUAGAAAAUAUUCAUCGAGGCAAGCGAGGAAUCCCAUCAUCGACUCCUGUGUCGACACAGAAGAGCGCAAAGAUGUCGUACGGCUGCAUGAAUUGGCAGCCGCGGCCGGUUUUACACACUGAUGAGCUUGAUGAGAAGCAGCAAUUUCUUCAGCGUGAAGCGCGGAAAAGUCCAAAGGACAUGGAUUUGUCUUUAGCCAUGGUGUACAUGGAAGAUACAUAUGGAGCACAACGGCAAUUCAUAAACAGUGGGAGUCCUGUGCACCAUGCUACAGAAAUCAAGAGAGAGUGGCCACUGUUGUUUCACCGUCCCUUCUUCUACAAGCACGUUGCACAACUUCUUGGAAAGGAUGCCAAGGAUGGUUUCCAGGCGUCAUUGCGAGGUUACGCCCCACUGCUGUUUAAGCACAUGAAAAGUGUAGUAAAGAGGGAUGUCAUCGAAUGGGUCAUCGAGACAGAGCGGGAGGUGUCAAAGGGCUGCAAGAACGCAAAGGAGGUGGCAUUUGUGCCAUUGUUGGCUGCGUAUUUUGGUGACAAAGAAGAGGCCCUCUUCAAGGUUUUCGAGCAUGGUACAAGUAUAACAGAAGUAGUUUCUGAGUUGCCACCUACGCCCAUCGUUGCCGCACUAGCAGCGGCAAUCCGCACAUUGUACCGCACAAUCACAUGGACCUCCUUGCCUGAUGAUGAUGACGAUGUCUGCUGCCUCUUUCCUUUGGAGUACUUUGGAGCGGGUGAUUGA